GUUGGCACAUCUAAACGAAAGUAAAAUAUUACAUUUACAACUCCUUCAGUAGCAUACACUACCCCGGGGAAGAAAAACUCAUCUUUUAAGGAGUUAACAUUUCACGCAGUUAUAGGUCAGUGGAUUGAAGCGAUGCCAGCCGUGUGUGAUGGCUGUCGGUGUCAUUUCCUUCAUUCUCGUCUUGUUGCUCGUCUCUCCUCCAGUGCUCUCAGCUACAGAUUCAUCCCUUUCCAUUGUUGAAGGGAGGUUUGGAGACUCUGUCACUCUCCCCUGUGAUGGCUCUGCACGCCAUCUCCCUGGCGAUCAGCUGGACGUCCUGUGGAAGACUGACCAGAAGACAGUGGCUCACUACUCCGGUGGGGAACUUGUUGUUGAGGGCUCUCACUUCAGUGGUAGAGUUACGUUCCCCACAGAGAGGAUUCUGCGUCGAGACUUCUCCAUUGAUAUCAGCUCCAUUAAGUCCAGCGAUGAGGACAAAUAUGAGUGCGUGGUGGAUAAUGUUUAUCUCAAGGAUGUGCAACUCAAAGUUUUACCACCCCACUUUUCUAGGCCUCUCUCUGUUGCUGUUAACGACUCGGUGACUUUGCCCUGCUAUGGUGGUGUUAACAAAUAUGAGCCAGACAAACUCUUUGUUCAGUGGGAAAGAGGAGGUGACCUGGUGCUGAAGAUCAGCUCAGAGGGGCUCACCUAUGGCCCAAAGUACGAGGGAAGGGUCUCUGUGUCUCCUGACUGGAGAGAUGGCAACUUCUCUUUGUCCUUGAGCGUUACGGGUCUGUGUGACUCAGGAGUUUAUCAGUGCUCCACCGACCAGAAACACAAUGUAACUUCAGUACUUCUGGAACUUAAAGAUUAUGAGCACUUCAAAUCAGUCAGUCUCAGCCUUGGGGAGCCUUUCUCCCUCAGUCGACCUGAAGAACCAGUGAAUGUGAUCUUCUCUAAGGGUGGAACAUUCCACAAAGUGUCACUGUGUCCCACGGACAUGGAGCUUAGAUGUGAACCAAAGUACAAGAACAGGACGGAAUGGAGGAAUAACACUCUCACAAUGCUGAAUGUGACAUCAGACGAUGUGGGAACUUACACUGUUAUCUUCUCAGAGAACUGUGUGAUCAGCCGUGCAUACAGUCUCAAUGUAAUACAUUCAGAUAAUCACACAUAUGUAUUCAUUUUAUUAUUAAUAUGUCUUCCCAUUUUAAUUUUACUAGCAGCAGGAGUGGUAGGAGUAUAUGUAAGGAAAAGAAAGCAAACAAUCUACAUUUGUGGCUCUUUCCUGAGCUGCUGGAAGAAAGAUGACUCACCACUGCAAGAGAAGAACCCAGAAUCAGUCAGGACAUCAGAUGCUACAGGACAAAAACAGUCUCCGGAGUCAAUUCAACUGCUAAAGAUAACUGAACAGGAGCAGUGUAACUAG